GAGUUCCAACAAAACUCGUUCGGUUUGCGGUUAUGUUCGUUGUCGUAUUCUUUUGUUAAAACAUUUUUUGUCUACGACAAUUUUAGAUUUCGAAUUUGUGAGAUAUACUUUCCAUUAAAGUGAAGAAAUAUUUUUUCUAUGUUCGAAUAAAAUAUCUCUUUAAAGCACCAACAACAACAACCUAGUUAAGCGUGCAGCUAAAAAUUUAAAAUAUUUUUUUGGUGCAUAUCCAGUGUUUUGUUUGUGUUUUUUUAAAACAUAAAUUCAUACAGAUAAACAAGUAAAAUAAAGUAAACAUUAAGAAAUGAAAGUGCUUUGGAUAACAGUGAUACUAGCUUUAAGUCAAUAUGAAGCUUAUGCUUCAUCAGAAUGUUGCGAAGAAUACUGCUUUGGAACAGAUAAAUCUCGACCCCAAACACUUCGAUUCACAUCAAAAACUGCCUACACAUUGGCAAAGGGCAAUGAUAUCGAACGAAAUAUACUUCCAAAUUGCUCACCAACAAAAAUGUGGACAUUGACCAGACAUGGGACAAGAUUGCCAUCAGCAAAAACGAUAGGAAAAGCAGGUCAUCUUGAAGAGAUGCGAGAUAAAAUUGUAAAUAACUAUAAAGUUCUUAAAACAAAACCAGAUACUGGUGCCUUAUGUGCUGAAGAUUUCUUUUCAAUAAAAACAUGGAAAUUCAAUUCAAGUAUUACACCAGAAAUGGAAAAUAUGUUGACUCCUCAGGGCUGGGAAGACUUAAAACUUUUGGCUAAAACUUAUCAACGUCAAUAUCCAAAUAUACUUACCAAAGAUUAUAGACCUCAAAACUAUUUGUUCCGUCGCACUGAAACCCAAAGAACUGAAGAAAGUUUCAAGGCAUACGUUGAAGGUCUUUUCGGAACAAAUGUUUGGCAAACAGUCCAUGUAUCACAACCAGAUGGCAAUGAUACACUAUUGCGACCAUAUGACUAUUGUCCAAAAUGGGAGGAAAACAAUAGCCAAAAGGAAGGCACUGAAUAUAUGAUUUUCCAGAAUUCAGCUUUAAUGAACAAAACGGUUGCUGAUGUGUCUACUAGACUAGGAUUCCAAUACGCUUUAGAUUUUAAAGAUAUCGAAUUGAUGUGGGAUAUGUGUCGUUAUGAACAAGCUUGGAAUGUCGAUCGUACCAGUGCGUGGUGUGGUGCCUUUACUCAGGCACAACUUAAAGUUCUUGAAUAUUAUGAUGAUCUGAGAUACUAUAAAAAAUCAGGAUACGGAGCUGAAAUCAACUCUAAAUUGCCUUGUGAAAUCAUCAAGGACAUGCUCUUUCACCUCAAUAGCAAAACUCAGCCCAAUGCAGUCACAAACUUUGCCCAUUCGACUUUAAUUCAGACAAUGAUCACUGCUCUAGGUUGGUAUCAGGACAAUGAAACUCUAACAGCUAGCAAUUAUGGAAGCAUGGGCGACCGUAAUUGGAGAAUUAGUAAAAUUGAUCCGUUUGCUUCAAAUUUGGUUGCAAUAAAAUAUGACUGUCCUGCUGAUGGUGUUGAUACUGAAAAGGUUCUAUUUCUUCUCAAUCAAAAUGCAGUCAGCCUUAGUUGGUGUAGCGUGGGAUUGUGCGAUUGGUCUGCUGUCAUGAAACGCUAUAACGACUUUUACCACGCAAAUUGCACAGAAACGUUCUGCCAAUCGGGUGCUUCAAGUAUAUCGUACAUAGCAUCAAUGGUGUCCUUACUAGUCGCUGCCAUAGUUUACUUAAUUUAUUAAAAACAACAAACAUUUUUGUUUAAGAUCUUUAUUUUUUACAUGCCAAAUCAAAGUUCUAGUUUUUGAACUCCAUCGAAUCAGUCCUCUUUUUCAAACAGUGGUGUAUGAAGUUUUUUUUUAAUUUUAUUGUUAACGACUGCUUUAAAUAAAAAGAAUGUUAAACUAA